AUGGCUGAAACAUCAAUGCAUCGUAAAAAGCGAUCGAAUGAAAUUCCUACAAAGCAACAAUCGUCAUUUUUUCAGAAUAUUAUUCUACCAAGUAAAGCUUACCAAGAGAAAUCAAAACUUCCUUUAAAACAAUUGAAAGAUACUGCAAAAAAUUAUGAAAAACAACCAUCCCUUCGAAAAUCAGAUACAGAAAAGCAUCGAACUUCAUUGCAGCGUCAACUAUCAAUUGAUAUGCUUCUUCAAGGUUACCAUCAAUCGUUUCGUGAAUUAUGUUCUAUAUUACAGUGGCAAAAAAACGAUCGAGAACGAUUAGGUGCAGAACAUCCAUAUAAUCGACGGCCAUUAUUAGAUGCAGAAGUUGAUAAAUUACGUUUUCUCUGUGUAUAUCUUAAUAAAGCUGAAGAAACCGAACGAAGAAAACAAUAUUCAAAUGUGUAUAAAAAUUAUCUUGAAUUAGCAUCAUUUUUCUUUAAAAGUGAUGAUCAUUGGUUGUCGGAUUAUUUCUAUAAGAAAUGUUUGUCACUUGUUCAAACAUAUUCACAACUUGACUCACAACUAGUAGUCGAAGCCUAUCGAAAUGUUGCAACAGUAUAUGAAAGGCAAGGAAAUUUUCGAAAAGCAUUACUUAACUAUGAAACCUAUUGUAAAUCAAGUGAACAUUAUUAUGAUUUAAAAACAGAUGCUAAUCUUCAAUUGACACGUUUUUAUAUAAAAUUAUCUGAACAUAAAAAUGACGACGAAGCAUUGACAUAUAUUAUUAAAGCUUACGAAGCAUCGAAACAAAGCGAUGAUAAAAAUGUCGAAAAUGAAACAUGUUAUAAAUUAGGACAUGCCUAUCUCGAACGUGAAAAUAUUGAAUUAGCUUUAAAAUAUUUUCAUAUUUGCUAUGAUCAUUGUCAACGAGUAAAUGAUUAUGAAGGUUUCGGUCAAGCAAGUGAAGCACUUGCAAUUUGUUAUCAGAAAAAAGAAAAUAUCGAGAAAGUUUCGGAAUAUUUAACCAGAUAUUUACAAAAAGUAUCGAAUAAACACGAUGAUAAUCAAUAUGCACGAGCCUGUAGUACAUUUGGUUUGAUUCAAACAAAUUUGGGUCAUUAUGAUUCAGCUAUGGAAUCUUUAAGUAAAGCUUAUAGUAUUGCAUUAGCCAACGAUAGUUCUGAUCUGAAUCGUAAUCGAGUAUUGUAUGGUGUUGUCAAUGGUUUAAAAUUACGAUCAACUUUUCUUGAUCAUAUCAAUCAUAUGAAGAUUGGAGAACUAAUUAAAUGGAAAUCUGCGCCAUUGAAAAGUGCUUUAUAA